AUGCCAGCCGACUACAAUGGACGGUGGGAGAUGGUGAGCAAUGAGAACUUUGAGGAGGUCAUGAAAGCCCUGGAUAUUGACUUUGCCACCAGAAAGAUCGCUUCCCAUCUGCACCAGACAAAAGUCCUUGUUCAAAAUGGAGACAAGUUUGAAACAAAGACAUUGAGCACCUUCAGAAACUAUGAAGUCAACUUUACAGUUGGGGUGGAAUUUGAGGAGCAGACAAAGGGUCUUGACAACCGGAAAGUCAUGACCCUGGUCACCUGGGAUGGGGACAAACUGGUGUGUGUUCAGAAGGGAGAAAAAGAAAAUCGUGGUUGGAAACACUGGAUCGAGGGAGAUCUGCUACAUCUGGAGAUCCAUGUGUUGGACAAAGUCUGCCACCAAGUGUUUAAGAAGGCCCAGUAA